AUGAAUCUCAAUUCGAAUCAAUCUAUUGCCAUUCCCUCGUAUGAGUUCCAUGCUUCUGAGGAUAUUUCUAUAAAGAGUUUUGAACUGAUUCGUUGUAUUGGCCAAGGAGCUUACGGCCAGGUGUGGCUAUGUGAAAAGAACGACUCCCAUGUGCUGUACGCAAUGAAGAUUCUCAACAAAAAUCAAUUGAGUCGUGCUUCGACUCUCGUGAGAACCCUACGUGAAAGAAAGCUCCUUGAAGUUGUUGUUUGUUUGGUGGAUAGUCCAUUCAUUGUGAAGCUGCGGUUUAGUUUUCAAGAUACUUCCAACUUGUAUUUCGUAACUGAUUACUACUCAGGAGGCGAUUUCUUUUCUCUCAUCGAGCAGCAGCCCUACAACCGUCUCUGCGAAAGCUACGCUCGAGCCUAUCUGGCCGAAGUUGUCGUGGCGUUAGAAAGCCUGCACUCUCUACAAGUGGCCUAUCGCGAUCUGAAGAUGGAGAACAUCCUCAUGACGAAUGAUGGCCAUCUCAUCCUCACGGACCUCGGAAUGAGCCGAAUUCUGCAUCCAGGCCAGCGGUCGUUUAGUUAUGUGGGGACUCCGGAAUACAUGGCACCUGAAAUUGUAAGCCAUCGAGGCCACGAUCAUUGCUGUGACUUUUGGUCGCUCGGCGUGUUGGCUUAUCAAAUCAUGGUGGGCGUAGUUCCUUUCACAGGAAACACCGUCGAAACCGUUUUCAACCGCAUUUCCCACCAACAAAUCAUCCUUCCUCCCUUUCUUUCGCACUCUGCGCGCACUUUUAUCAGCGCGCUGCUUCAACGAAACCCCGAGCAGCGAUUAGGCCACGGCGGCAUUCAGGAGAUCAAACAACACCGAUUUUUCGAGGGAAUCGAUUGGAGUGCCGUUGAAAACCACACAAAUCCGCUUCCUUUAACGCCCGCUUUUCAGAAUUCCGUGACGCAGAUGAACGAAAUCGCCUCGGAUUUUGGCGUUUUUGAUCGAUUUGCUCACUUUGUGGACGGAACGGAUCGCUGUUAUCAGAAACUGAUCAUCAAACAAGUGUUGUUAGGAUGGAUUCACUAUGAUUUAAAACCCGAACUCGUCGAUGAGCACGUUCACGGAACCAUUCCUUCGCGAGGCGAUUGGAAGCUCCCCAACGCGAGUUCGAGCGCUGGGCUCAAUGGGUAUUACCAGUUUUCGAAUCGCGACGAAUUGAUAAUGCACUUGCAGAACGAAGAGGUUUUGUUUCCUGAAGUUGUGUCGAAUUUGUGCAAUUUGCAGCUGAGCAUCGAAGAGAAAACGAUGCUCUUUGAGAACGAUCGGUGUGUGUGUCAGUGGCGAUUGUGUGGGUGA